AUGCAGCGUCACGGUGUUCAUGACGUUGCUUUUUCAGCCUAUAACGCCGAUACUGAAGACUAUUACGCAUAUCUACCAAGUGAUGAGUCCAUGAGUGAGGAUGAAAAUGAAUCUGCAUCGAAUCUUGCUACUUCAAACUGUGAUGUAGUAGACGACGUAACCUCAGCGUUUGCGUCCAUUGGCUCAAGGGUUUUUACCCCGAUUGGUAGUUUAAACGGUUUUACUUUAUCGGUAAAACCGACGAAAAGGAUGCAAGAAAAACCGGUAAAAGUACCAGUUUUUGGUGUGUUUAUUCGUGGUCAUGGUGAUCAAUUAAAUGUCUCGUCUCAAGCUCUUAAGCUUUAUCAUGCAAGAAGACUGCAGCUACAAGAUGCUUUGGAUACUGCUACAGGUGACAAUACAAAAGGUGAAGCACCUUUUCGGUUUACAUUGGAGCAAACUCAAGUCGUAAGAGGUCGAGAUACAAUUGGAAUUGAAGAAUUCAAUGCGUCACCAGCUCCAGUCAUUGAUCGAGUGGAAGGUCAUGCACCGGAGAAGAAGGAUUUUGGAAAAAAACAAUCGAUUACUGAUCGAGAAGAGAGGAUGGCACAAGAAGAGAUGGAUGAGAGGAGUGAGCAAGAUCCACUCUAUGAUGAGCAAUUAGAUGAGGUGGAUGAACAAUGGGUGCAAAUGAAUUUACGUGGUGUUCAUGCUGCAAAGCUUGAGAUUGAUGUUAUGUUGUGCUGUCCAUGUUGUUUUGUGACAGUGUGCAUGGCGUGUGAAAGGCAUACGACCUACACCAACCAGUAUCGAGCAACGACUGCAAUCAAUUGUCGUGUGAAACGAGGUGAAAUCCUUACUUAUGAUGCAUCAAGUGCAAGUAAUCGUGUGCCUGCAUCAUUACCGUUCCAGAAGCGACAGAAUGUUUCUACAGAUAAUGAUCACAAGACAACCUGUACGACCACACCAGACCAGCAGAUUGCAAAUUUAUUGCAAGAAGAUGAGUUUUAUUCGGUGACAUGCUCCGACUGCGGCACGAUGGUCGGUGUCUUCGACCGUAACCAGCAAUAUCAUUUUUUCAAUACCUUACCCAGCAAUUGUUAG